AUGUUGCGGUGGCGGGCGCGGGGCAGCGGCGGUGGCGGCAGGGGGGGAGAAUGUCGGGGUUGGUCGCUAGGGACCCUGCUGCUGCUGGCCCUGGCGCUGCCCGCCGUGCGGCCCCGCGGGCUGUACUCGGCCGAUGACCCGCUGGAGCUGCUGGGGAGCGGGGCGGAGGGGAGGUUGUUGGGCUCUCCCAGCGCUUGGGCGGUCGAGUUCUUCGCCUCCUGGUGCGGGCACUGCGUGCACUUCGCGCCCACGUGGCGGGCCCUGGCGCACGACCUCCAAGAGUGGAGGCCUGCAGUGGUGCUGGCAGCCAUCGACUGCGCCGAUGAGGCCAACCAGCAAGUGUGUGCCGAGUUUGGGAUAACCGGCUUCCCCACGCUGAAGUUCUUCAGAGCUUUUAGCAAGAAGGCCGAGGAUGGAAUAAGGAUUACCAAUCCCAGCGCCACCGUCGAGGAGCUGCGCCAUGAAAUCAUCACCCACCUCGAGCAGAGCCAGGACGCCUGGCCACCCGCCUGUCCUCCCUUGGAGCCAGCCAGUGCAGAAGAGAUUCGGACCUUCUUCCAGAGGAACAAAGACCAGUACCUGGCAUUGAUCUUUGAGAAGAGUGACUCCUUUGUGGGCAGAGAGGUGGCACUGGACAUGCUGCAGUAUGAGAACGUGGCAGUGAGGAGGGUGUUGAGCAGCGAGGAGGAGCUCGUGGAGAAGUUUGGCGUCACCACCUUCCCCUCUGCCUACCUGCUCCUCCGCAAUGGCUCCUUCUCGCGCCUGCCCGUGCACGUGGAGGCACGCUCCUUCUAUACCUACUACCUGCGCACGCUCUCUGGUGUCACCCGUGGCUCCUACAAGCUGAACACAACCAAUGACACUUCCAGUGACACCACCCUGGCCCAGCCCAGGCGUGCUGACCGCUCCAAGCUGUACAUGGCUGACCUGGAAUCCACGCUGCACUACUCGCUGCGGGUGGAGGCUCUCCGUGCUGCCGUGCUGUCAGGGGACCAGCUGGCUGCCUUCAAGUGCUACGUGGCCACGCUGGUGAAGUACUUCCCCGGGCGCCCCUGCGUGCAGACCUACCUGCGGUCACUGGAUGGCUGGCUGAGGAACUGGACAGAGCCUGAGCUGCCCCGCAACACCUUGAAGGAGGCCAUGAAGAAUAACAGAAAUGCUUCCAACCCUGCCGUGCUCCCCACCAACGUGACCUGGGUGGGCUGCCAGGGCAGUGAACCCCACUUCCGUGGCUACCCCUGCGGGCUCUGGACCGUCUUCCACCUGCUGACCGUCCAGGCUGCCCAGAGUGGCCCCGACAAAGAGCUGCCUCUGGAAGUGCUGGGUACCAUGCGUUGCUACGUCCGGAACUUCUUUGGCUGCCAGGAGUGUGCCGAGCACUUUGAGGCCAUGGCAGCCAAGUCCAUGGACCAGGUGGUGGGCCGGGAGGAGGCUGUCUUCUGGCUCUGGUCCCACCACAACAAGGUCAACGCUCGCCUGGCAGGAGGUGACACAGAGGACCCCAAGUUCCCCAAGCUGCAGUGGCCUCCUCCGGACAUGUGUCCCCAGUGCCACAAGGAGGAGCGGGGGUUGCACGUCUGGGAUGAGCCUGCCGUGUUCGCCUUCCUCAAGGCACACUUCUCCCCGGCCAACAUCUACCUCGACUAUGUUGAGGCUGACCCCAUCCCCGUGGCCAGGGAGGGGACAGACACCAGGCUGGGCACCGAGAACCCACGAGAGGCAAGGGACAAGGAAGAGGAGGACAAGGAGACGGAGGGUGAGAUGAGAGCUCCAGGGCGACUGGGUUCCCCUGAGCCCCGGCGCCCCAGCAUCGUGCGGCUGAACCCCAAGCUGCGGGAGGUGGGCGAGGACAUCGUGGACCUGGACUCCUUCAGCGAGCAGCACUUCAAGAGCCAGGCACUGCGGGCAGCAGCCGGCCGGCGCCGGCGGAUCAGCAAGCGGGACACCAUCGCCCUGCCUCGGGAUGCUGGCGUGCGCUGGGAACACCGGAGGGCUCCUUCUGUCCUGAUCCGGGAGGAGGAGGAGGAGGGUGUGCAGAGGAGCCCCUGGCUGCGGGUGCUUGGCUUGGGAUUCUCCCGCCUGGAUGUCAGUCUCUGUGUUGCCCUGUAUUUCCUCUCCUCCAUGUGCCUGCUGGGCAUGUACACCUUCUUCCGUCUCCGCACCCGCGCCCGGAAAGGCCGUCCUGGCUUCCCCAUGGCCUGAGAGUGGCUGCGGUGGGUGGGGGGGACUCUUUUUGUCCCCCGGUGGAAGGGAGGGGUUGGUGCAUCCCCCCCUCUGCUCGCAACAGUCACCUCACCCAGGGUGCGUGGGAGGAAAGUUGGGGGGGCUGUCCCUUGUAUGUCUGAGCAUCCGCUCCUCGGGUCACGGUGCCACGUCCUCGGGUGUGGGGGAUCUGGGACACUGACAGCAGUUUGUGUCUCAGCACCUGGCUGCCCUCGGGAGCUGGACUGGUUUCAAACUGGGAAGCUCAGGCCCAUGCUGGGGAAACAGCUGUUUGGGGGUCAAACCACUAGUGGGGCCAGGAGGGUGGGGUUUUAGCCCUCCCCCCACAAAAAAAAAAAGAAAGUGGGCCUUGCUGGGCAAGGGGGUGCAGUUGUGGGUUGAGCUACAUUUUGUUUGUCCCCCUCUUUGAGAUGUGGACCUGCCCCUCACCCCCCCCCAGCCCUUACCUUUCCUUGCCCCCUCCCUGUGCUGUUGUUGCUCUCUGCUUGUCUUAGUGGAAUAAAUUAUUUUUGCCGACGCCAGCCCUGCUGUGUUGGCUGGUCCCUGCCGUGCAGACACCAGGGCAGCUGUCCCCACUCCCACCUCCCCCUUCACCCCGGCAAGAGCACUGGUUUGGCCUAAAUCCUUUCCAUAUUUUAAGUUGUUAUUAUUUGUACGUUUUUCUCCUGCUUUUUGCUCCUGGGUGCACCCACGGCCAGCUGUGUCCUCCCCCCUCCAUAGAGCUGGCGUGUCCCCAUGGUUGGGGUGGCUCGUGGUUUGUCCUCAAGCAAGGGUGAUGGGGAGGGAGCCUGGGGGAAUUGGAAGCUGCUGGAAAAAAAGUUGGCUUGAGCCAUGGAGCUGCACUUUGGUGCCACAGUCCAGAGCUGGGAGACACACGUGAGCAUCCCCUGGGGACCCGGGACUUCUGCGGGCACAGACCCCCUGCCCCUGAUUCUGUCUGCCCUUUUAUCCUUGUUAGGAAUCAUUAAGGAAAAUGGUUGUUUUCCAGAGCCAGGGCUAGGGCCAUCUGCUCUGCCGGCGCUGCCUAAAUCCCCCUGUAACAAAUUCAUUGGGAUUACACUGCCCUCCCCUAAUCCCAGCCCUUCCCCCCCACGCGGGGGAUUUAAAAGGAUUAAAGCCCGGCCGAUAAUAAACUUUAUUAAGGGGGAGGGGGGGUGUCAAUCCGAUUUGGAGCCUUUUUCUUGAUAUCUUCACUUUGCCCAGGUGGGAGGCAAGGGCCAAUGGGAUGGGGAAGGAGGGCAGCUGGCUCUGCUGCUGCCCAGGUGCCCGGAGCUCUGGCUUCUCUGACCAUUCCUCUCACCCGCCCUUGAAUAAACUCCUUUGCUCUA